UUCUUCUUCUUCUUCCUCCUCUCGCAGCGACCGUCCACCUUUCAAAGCCGAGGCGCCCGGUCGCCUCUCGCCUCUUCCGGCUCUUCCUUCCUUCCCUCCCGCCCGCACCGCGGCGUACAAGUCAAAUACCGCGCGCACAACCACUUGGAGCCACCCAACCCCGCACCACGCCACGAGUCCACAGUCCGCGCGCGUGCGCUGCGCCCCCCGAGCCGUCGUCGCCCGUCCCGUCCCGUGAUUUCUUGGGAGAGCUCGCCUCUCUUCUCCUUCUCCCCCCCAGGCUUAACUCUCCCUCGCGAAAGCUCGCCGCUGCUGCCUCCGCGCCCCGUGGCGGCACAGCGCUCGUGGGGAAACCGGCGGAGGCUUCGCCGAGCCUUCGGGGGCGGCUGGUGCGGAGGGGCGGCCGGCGCUUCUUGGUGCCGUCCGUCUCUACUUCGGGCGGGGUGGUUUCAUUCAUUCGUAACCCGACAAGGCGCGGUGUGCGGUGCUCUCUUGCGACUUGCCUCGUCUUGUUGACUCUCGCGGCGGCUGGGUGGGUUACUGGGCUCGGUUCAUCCUCCCUGGUCACGGCGGGCGAUUCAGCACAUGUUAGAAGCCAGGGAAGGUCGGUGAAUGCAAAUGCUUGCAUUGAUAUUAUAAGUACAGGCUGAAGUUAUUGAGCUGACAGCAUUAAGAUAUAAUAGUUUGAGAAUCUCAAUGAGUUGCUGUUCUAUAUUUUGCAAGAAAAGAAGGGCAACGCGGCAACCAAGUUCCCACCAUAAUGAAGGUAGAGAUCUCAUACAUGGGACGUACCUGGUGGUACAAAUAUAACAAAAUACACUUAUAAGGAGCUAGCAAGGGCAACAGAUAACUUUAACCAAUCGAACAAGAUAGGUGAGGGUGGUUUUGGUUCUGUUUACAAGGGACAGCUCAGGAAUGGAACAAGUAUUGCUGUCAAGGUCCUUUCGAUGGAGUCAAGACAAGGAGUAAGGGAGUUUCUGAAUGAACUCGUGGCAAUUUCCGGCAUCUCACAUGAUAAUCUUGUGAGACUUUAUGGGUAUUGUGUUGAAGGAGACCAAAGAAUCCUUGUAUACAAUCAUCUUGAAAAUAAUAGCCUUGCACAAACACUUCUAGGCUCCCGCCACAGCAAUAUCCAGUUCAAUUGGGAAACUCGAGUAAAUAUUUGCCUUGGCAUUGCACGGGGAUUAGAAUACCUCCAUCAUGGUGUCAGUCCCUACAUUGUCCAUCGAGACAUUAAAGCAAGCAACAUACUUCUUGAUAGGGAUCUUACCCCAAAAAUCUCUGAUUUUGGUCUAGCAAAGCUUCUUCCACCAAACGCGACACAUGUUAGCACAAGAGUUGCAGGAACACUCUUUGCUUACUCAAUUUUAAUUGGCAGAGGCUAUUUGGCUCCUGAAUAUGCUAUUCGAGGACAAGUGACACGCAAAUCAGAUGUUUACAGUUUUGGCGUUCUCCUUCUAGAAAUUGUUAGUGGGAGAUCAAACAGCGAUACAAGAUUAGCAUAUGAAGAUCAGAUACUCCUUGAAAAGUUCCCAGAGAUCACCAAUGGGGUUCUCCUCUUGCAGACAUGGAUGUAUUAUGAGCAGGGGAUUUUGGAGAAAAUCAUAGACAGAUCUUUGGGCAGUGACUUGGAUGUUGCACAAGCUUGCAGAUUCCUUAAAGUCGGGCUGUUGUGUACACAAGAUGUCAUGAGACACCGGCCUGACAUGUCAAAGGUCAUCGCCAUGCUUACAGGCGAAUCGGACAUCGAUUCAGAGAAGAUUAGCAAGCCCGCUAUCAUUAGUGACUUUAUGGAUCUCAAGGUCAGGAGCAUGAGGAAAGCAAGUGACAUUGCUACCUCCUCAACAUUCCUGUCCUCUCUCAUGGCACAUUCUUCGCCUAUGCUGUCGAAUGAGACGACACAAGCAUCCAUUACAUCCACUGGGAUAUCGGAUCGUGAGUGAUCCCUUGGUGAAAAAAAAGGUCAGGUUGUUAGUGAACUGAGUUGGUUGGAGAUGUGAAAGACAUGUAUAGGUAGAGAGUAGCAUGGGCAAAUGAAUACCUUGCCCACAAGUUUACAAGGUGGUUUCAGUUUUCAUGUAUAGAUUUAAUUGCUUCAUUCAUAGGCAGAACAAACAUCAUUGUUGAGUCAAAGGAGUAAGUACAUAUGAGGAAACAACUUCUGUGUGUACAAAUAUUGGAUUGAUGACACAAUUAUUUUCAUGGUACCAUCCACAUCCUGCUGCGGUGGCUUUGUGCUUGCUGAUUAAUUCAUUUGCAAACAUACAAACCUUUGAAUGCCUGUAAGUACUGUCAGUGUGAACAUAUAUGGACAUAGCUUGGAUACA